AUGAACAAUGACAUUCCAUUUGGCGGCAAGAUUAUCAUAAUUCUAGGUGAUUUCAGGCAAUGCGCACCUAUCGUUCCGUUGGCAGGCAAAAAUGAAACUAUUUCUGCAUCAGUGAAAUGUUCCCAACUAUGGCAAUACUUUGUUCAGUACGAUCUUGUUACGAACGUUAGAGCAUUGCCACAAGAAAACGAAUUCAAAGAUUGGCUGAUGACCAUAGGAAAUAAUUCCGAAAUUUUACGUCGCUUAGAAAAUAGCAGAGACACUAUAGUUAAAAUUCCUAAUCGUAUCAUUGUAGAAGAUGUUACUGAAAGCAUAUACGGUAGUAAUUUAACUGAACACGAUUUCACAUUAUUACAAAAAGCGAUUUUGUCUCCACUAAACAUUCAUGUCAAGGAUAUCAAUUCAGUUGUUUUAGAAAAACUGCCAGGUAGGUCACGGCAAUACCUAAGUGUCGAUAGUAUUAUCCGAGAAGACGAUACAACCGAAAAUGCUGCUGAUGAUUUAGAUUCCGCAUGGCCGCAAGACUUUUUAAAUUCUUUGGAUGCUCCAGGACUUCCUCCCCACAUACUUACACUAAAGAUUGGCGCAGUUAUCAUUUUAACGAAGAAUUUAGAUGUGAAGAGAGGCUUAUGUAACGGCACACGUUUAUUGAUUCAUAAUUUACACGAAAAUUUUAUAGAAGCGAAACGAGUGGAAGAAUCUAAUAAUGAACCUUCGAUCGAAUUUAUUUCCAGAGUUGAUAAUAUCGCUCUAAAUUCUCUUGAUCUACCAGUCAACUUGAAAAGGAGACAAUUCCCUGUACGUCUGGCUUUUGCAAUGACAAUUAAUAAAAGUCAAGGUCAAACUUUGAACAGUGUCGGCUUAUUUUUACCAGUAACAGUAUUUGAUCACGGACAACUGUAUGUUGCACUAUCAAGAGCAAGAAGUUUUGAAACCUCAAGAUUCAAAUGA